UAUAUCGGGUAUGUUAAAAAGACAUUUCAUACUCGUGGACAUUAUUUGGUUUUCUUGAACAUACGUUUUCUUCAUAAAUCCAAUAGUACUACAUUUGAAACGUGCGACCAUGUACAGUGUAGCCUGCAGUAGUCCACCUUUGCACCUCUACGUGUUCUUUUAUAUAGGAGUAAUCGAAGAGUUUGGAGACUAUUAACUAUAGUCAACAAUUAACGUAGAAGUUCUACAUGUAGCUCGAAUUGUCAAUACUAAUUUCACAUUAUGGGGUUAUUAGUUAGUCUGGAGAAACAUCCUGCCACAGACUCAAGUAUGAAUUACUACGGGCAAAUAAUUAUUGGCAGGUCGUUAACGGAGGUGCUUUUUAAUAUACAAUGCUCAAAAAAGUUAAGGGAACACGUAAUCGUCACAGUAUGACACCAAGUCAGUUAAAGUUCAGGGAUAUCUGUCCAGUUAGGAAGCAUAGCCGAUUGUGAAUCAAUGUUUUGGUGCAAGGAGCAUGGAGGACACACCAGGAGAUGGGCCAUUACAUAAGGAGUGCUGGACUGUUUUUUUACUAUUUUUCACGUGAAGACCUCAAACUAUGAAAUUACACAUGCAAUCAUAUAGUAAACCAAAAAAGACACCCAGGUGACUACCUCAUGAAGCUUGUUAAGAGAAUGCAAAGGUUGCAGGUCGGAUGGAGGCCCCUCUGAACCCCCGUGAGUCUGGACGAUUUGUGGCGGAACACAGUCAGGAUGUGUUUGUGGAGGAGGAGGGCAUGCAGAGGCUGGCUGAGAUGCUAUUUGCCCUGAGGAAGAGUGAGGAGCUCACAGCAAGUGGGUGGAAGAAGGCCAACCCCUUGGCGCCUUCCCCUACAUCCGACCAGGCACUGAAUUGGGUAUUUGUGGUCGACACAAUGAACUUCUCCUUCUGGCCCGAUCAGGAAGACCAGCAGUGUGAGGUGACCUACCGCAUGGUCACCUACCGUGGUUACAUGACCCUCUGUGCUGCAAUCACUAGAGCAAUGGAAGAGGGUAUUCCCAUCACCGAACCGUCCUAUUUCUCCCAGAUGAGUGUUGAGGAGUUGGGCCACGUCUUGCGCUCUGACAACGACACACCCAUGCCAAUGCUUGAGGAGCGUCACCGUGUCCUUACAGAGGGGGGGCAUGUGCUCCUACAGAACGGAGGAAGCUUCCGGAGUUUCAUAAGCCCAGCUGGGAGUGACGCGCAGAAGAUGGUGGAGCUCAUUGUGGAAAAGCUGCCCUCAUACAGGGAUGAGGCCACUUACAAGGGCAAGAGGAUCUCUUUCUACAAGCGAGCUCAGAUUCUAGUGGCAGAUUUCUGGGGCAUCAUGGAAGCCAGGGGAGAGGGGGACAUCCCAAACCUGGACUUCCUCACCAUGUUUGCUGACUACAGAGUACCACAGGCUCUAGUCCAUCUGGGGGCAUUACGCUACUCAAACACUCUGAUGGAGACCUUGAGGAACGGUGAGUUGCUCAGUUCAGGUGACCGAAGAGAGGUAGAGAUUCGUGGCUGCUCUAUCUGGUGUGUGGAGAGGAUCAACCACCACCUUUGCAGUCUGGUUAGAGAGCGAGAUGGCCAAAGCUGCAAUAUCAACUCUGCUGUCAUUGACUUCUUUCUGUGGCCUUAUGCCAAGCAGCACCAUAAAGAGAUGGCCCACAUUCCCAUACAUCACACACGCUGCAUAUAUUACUGACAGGGCUACACAGAGAAACUGUUGACCAUUUUAAUAAUUAAAGAACAAUGACAUCAA